AUGGAAUCCCAACCAAUCAUACUGCUCAAUGGGUGGCCAGGGGUGGGAAAAGACACAAUCGCAGAGACACUCAGCCUUCUGAUCGGUGACAACAAGGCAUCAAUGCUGGAUUGGGGCAAGGGCCAGAGUGGAGAGAACUUCCAGACCAUAGCCGACGACGAUGAUGUGGCACAAAGGGCGCAACGAGACGCGUGUCUCGCUGAUCAAGUCGAGCACCCUUCAACAUUCAACAAGAUGGUCAUAUGCACCGAUUGUCUGUCUGACACACCACUGGGAAGGAGGCUUGCUCAGGACUUCGAGGUUGUCUCGAAGAGGACGAAUCGUUUGUUGAUCCCAAUCUAUCUGGAGUGUCAAGUCGAAGAAAACAUGCGGAGGCUACAGGAAGCCGAGCGAAGAGUUAGCCUGAAGGACAAGAUUCGAAGCCCUAACGAGGCCAAGACCGUCAGAUCCGAGGGAGGCUGCCUGUAUAUCUUCAAGAAGCGCGAAGGUUUGAGCAUCAACAUCACCAAGAUGCUGCCCCACGAGGCUGCCCUGAAGAUACUGUCAUACAUCAGAGAUGUGAUCGAUCGCCGGAACGAAGAGCUGGUCAACGAGGAGACAACGCCAUUAGAAUCGAGCGAGCCAGCUUGGGGUUGA